AUGAUGUGGGAGCUGCGAUCCAUCGCCUUCACCCGCGCCGUCUUUGCGGAAUUCCUGGCGACGUUGGUCUUCAUCCUCUUCGGCCUGGGCUCUGCUCUGAACUGGCCCUCAGCCCCCUCCCCGACCACCCUCCAGAUCGCGCUGGCUUUCGGCCUGGCCAUCGGCACGCUGGUCCAGGCCCUGGGGCACGUCAGCGGAGCCCACCUGCACAACGAGACAACGACAGGACAGGCAGUGACCGUCGAGCUCUUCCUCACCCUCCAGCUGGUCCUGUGCAUCUUCGCUUCCACCGACGAGCGCCGGGAGGACAACCUGGGCUCUCCUGCCUUGUCCAUCGGCCUCUCUGUUGCCGUGGGGCAUCUCCUUGGGAUCCGUUACACCGGCUGCUCCAUGAAUCCAGCCAGAUCUUUUGCCCCUGCUGUGAUAGUUGGAGACUUCAGUGACCACUGGGUCUUCUGGGGGGGGCCCGUGGUGGGGCCAGCAGCAGCCUCCAUCAUCUACAAUUACAUCCUCUUCCCGCAAGCCAAAACCUUCUCGGAGAGACUUGCCAUCUUCAAAGGCUGCGAGCCGGAGGAGGACUGGGCGGAGCGCGAGGUGCGGCGGCGGCAGUCGGUGGAGCUGCACUCCCCGCAGAGCCUGCCGAGGGGCAUGUCCGAGAAGGUGUAG